AUUGGAUUCAGGUGUUCCAAUCACCUCCAUGGCCACAGGUGUAUAAAAUCAAGCACCUAGGCAUGCAGACUGCUUCUACAAACAUUUGUGAAAGAAUGGGUCACACUCAGGAGCUCAGUGAAUUCAAGCAUGGUACCAUGAUAGGUUGCCACCUGUGCAAUAAGUCCAUCCGUGAAAUAUCCUUCCUUCUAAGUAUUCCACCAGCAGCUGUUAGUGGUAUAACAAAGUGGAAGCAACUGGGAACAACAGUAACUCAGCCACGUAAAAUGACAGAAUGGGGUCAGUGCAUGCUGAAGCACACAGAAGAGAUUGUAUGUAGUAUUUUUAACUGUCUGCAGAGUCAAUAGCUAAAGACCUGCAAACUUUGUGUGGCCUUCAGAUUAGCACAACAGUGCGUAUAGAGGUUCACG